UUAUCCGAGCUCUCCACAGUCAUCGCUCCUCAGCUCAGCUGACCAAUCCCUCAGGUCAGCUCAGCUCGCUCCUCCAUGGCCACCACCGUGGCUCCACCGGCGUCCCCGCCUCCCACCUCCACCACCAUACGCUCCCUCACCGCGGCCGGAAACCACGCCGCCGCCCUCCGCGCGCUCUCCUCCCUCGCAUCCUCCGCCUCCAUCGACCACUUCGCGCUCCCACCAGCCAUCAAGUCCGCAGCGGCGCUCCGUGACGCCCGCGCCGCGCGCACCCUCCACGCAGCAUCCCUACGCCGCAACCUCCUCCACCAACCCACCCCGGCCGUCGCCAACGCGCUCCUCACCGCCUACGCGCGCUGCGGGGACCUCGCCGCGGCGCUGGCGCUCUUCGACGCCACGCCCCCCGAGCUCCGCGACGCCGUCUCAUACAACUCCCUCAUCUCCGCGCUCUGCCUCUUCCGCCGCUGGGCCCACGCGCUCGACGCGCUCCGCGCCAUGCUCGCCGAGCCCCGCCACGCCGUCAGCUCCUUCACGCUCGUCAGCGUGCUCCUCGCCUGCUCCCACCUCGCCGACGCCGACCACCGCCUCGGCCGCGAGGCCCACGCCUUCGCGCUCAAACACGGGUUCCUCGACCACGGCCGCGAGCGGUUCCCCUUCAACGCGCUGCUCUCCAUGUACGCGCGCCUCGGCCUCGUCGACCACGCGCAGACGCUCUUCCGCACCGCCGCGCCCGACGACGUCGUCACCUGGAACUCCAUGGUCAGCCUGCUCGUCCAGGGCGGCCGCUGCGGCGAGGCUGUGGACGUGCUCUACGACAUGGUGGCGGCCGGCGUGCGCCCGGACGGCGUCACGUUCGCGAGCGCGCUCCCGGCGUGCUCGCGGCUGCAGAUGCUCUCGCUCGGCAGGGAGGUGCACGCCGUCGUCCUCAAGGACGGGGACCUCGCCGCCAACUCGUUCGUGGCCAGCGCGCUGGUGGACAUGUACGCCGGCAACGAGCAGGUGGGGAACGCGCGCAGGGUGUUCGACAUGGUGCCGGAGCCGGGCCGGCAGCUGGGGAUGUGGAACGCCAUGAUCUGCGGCUACGCGCAGGCCGGCAUGGACGAGGACGCCCUCCAGCUCUUCGCAAGGAUGGAGGCGGAGGCCGGCUGCGCACCCAGCGAGACCACCAUGGCUGGCGUGCUGCCCGCGUGCGCGCGCUCCGAGGCGUUCGCCGGCAAGGAGGGCGUGCACGGGUACGUGGUGAAGCGCGGCAUGGCGGGCAAUCGGUUCGUGCAGAACGCGCUCAUGGACAUGUACGCGCGCCUCGGCAAGAUGGACGUGGCGCGCAGGAUCUUCGACAUGGUCGACCUCCCCGACGUCGUCUCCUGGAACACCCUCAUCACCGGCUGUGUCGUGCAGGGCCUCAUCACCGAGGCGUUUCAGCUUGUGACGGAGAUGCAGCUGCCAUCGAUGGAAGCAGAAGAAGACGUCGACGGACAGAGGUGCAUGCCGAACAACAUCACCCUGAUGACGCUCCUCCCGGGCUGCGCGGUCCUGGCGGCGCCGGCGAGGGGGAAGGAGAUCCACGGGUACGCGGUGAGGCACGCGCUGGAAUCAGACAUCGCCGUGGGCAGUGCGCUGGUGGACAUGUACGCCAAGUGCGGCUGCCUGGACUUGUCGAGGGCGGUGUUCGACCGGCUGCCGAGCAGGAACGUCAUCACCUGGAACGUCCUCAUCAUGGCCUACGGGAUGCACGGGCUCGGCGACGAGGCGGUGGCGCUCUUCGACCGGAUGGCUGUGAGCGGCGAGGCGACACCCAACGAGGUCACCUUCAUCGCCGUCCUAGCCGCCUGCAGCCACUCCGGCAUGGUUGACCGUGGCCUGGAGCUGUUCCACGGCAUGAAGAGGGACCACGGCGUCGAGCCCACGCCGGACCUCCACGCCUGUGUCGUCGACGUCCUCGGGCGGGCCGGACGCCUCGACGAGGCCUACGGCAUCAUCAGCUCCAUGGAGCCGGGGCAACAUCAGGUCUCGGCGUGGAGCAGCAUGCUCGGCGCGUGCCGGCUGCACCGGAACGUGCCGCUCGGGGAGAUCGCCGCCGAGCGGCUGUUCGAGCUGGAGCCCGACGAGGCGAGCCACUACGUGCUCCUCUGCAACAUCUACUCCGCCGCCGGGAUGUGGGAGAAGUCGGUGGCGGUGCGCGGCAGGAUGCGGCAGCGGGGCGUCGCCAAGGAGCCCGGCUGCAGCUGGAUCGAGCUCGACGGUGCGAUCCACCGGUUCAUGGCCGGCGAGUCCUCCCAUCCGGCCAGCGCCGAGGUGCACGCGCACAUGGACGCGCUCUGGGAGCGGAUGCGUCGGGAGGGGUACGUGCCGGACACGUCGUGCGUGCUCCACGACGUCGACGAGGCCGAGAAGGCGGCCAUGCUCCGGUACCACAGCGAGAAGCUCGCCAUCGCCUUCGGGCUGCUCAGGGCCCCCGCCGGCGCCACCAUCAGGGUGGCCAAGAACCUGAGGGUGUGCAACGACUGCCAUGAGGCCGCCAAGUUCAUGUCCAGGAUGGUUGGGCGGGAGAUCGUGCUGAGGGACGUGAGGAGGUUCCACCAUUUCCGUGAUGGCAAUUGCUCAUGUGGGGACUAUUGGUAGCUUAGACAUCCGCGUCACAUAUUCACUCAUAUUGGCUUUCUGAAAUUGCUACUCCGUAUAAAUAUUCUUCUGUGAAUAACUCAGUAUGACUAGAGGUUUUGUGAAUUUCAAAACAAAGAAAUGAACUUCAAAUUUGGAUC